AUGUUCUCUGUUCUUCUGAUGAUCGGCGUACUUCCUCCGCUUAAAGAGUCGAAAGCCUCGCAAUAUCCAGACUCUGCAGGCGUUGUGUUUGAGGGAAUAAUUGAGGGUAAGCAUAGAGAUGCCAUCCAGACAAAGACAGACGAGUUCGUGCGAUUGGCCAGACCAGUAAAGAUCCAUUGGUGGUCAAUGGAAGAACUGCGGGAGAAGUGCUACGGUGUUACCGAGGGAUUUGAGCUGCCUGAGGGAGAGGUCAUGGGUAGAGUUGUUGAGAUGGAGGGUCUGGGAAGUUAUCCCUGCGGUGGAACGCAUGUUCAGGAUUGCAGUCAAGUGGGGAAGAUUGUGAUGAAAGGAUCUCGCGCUCUAAGGGAGUAA